UUUUAAGAUCUCAGGUAAUCGUGAAAGAAUGCAGAUUAAUACGAGGAAGCCUUCUACGCAAACGCCAAUUUCUAAAGACUCGCAGAGUUCAAUGUUCGCCCCCGGCGCCACCUUGCAAAAGAAAGUGUAAUCGGUGGACGGAUGAGCGCGCAGUCGACUGGGCGUGGCACUUUGUCCUUGCGUUCCAAUUGCUCCUUGUGCACCCCUAUAAAGAGUGACCGGUCCUGAUGAGCGGGGUAGUUUGUUAAGGUUUGUCCUUGGAGAAAGUACUCUUAUGCUUCGCACUGUGUCAGGAUUAAGACAUCAAGAUGCAGUUUAACCUUGUUUUUGUGGUCGCCGUCAUCGGCGUCGGAAUGGUAGCCGCCGAUGAGAAUCUGAUGAGUAAGCUGCAGAUGGCUCUGAAAUCAAUGCUCAAUGAAAACGAGGAACUGCAAAUGCAAAGUCGCGACACCAAGGGGCAAUGCGAAUCAGACACCAACAAGUGCAACAACCAUGGUACAUGUACUGAAGGCAGAUGGGGAACGUACUACUGCAAGUGUGUGAUGCCAUAUAGGGUGCGCGGUGCAGAUUCUUCUUGCUAUCCACCCCCGGAAGGGAAGAAAGACUUGGAGAUUGAAGCCCGAGACAGUGAGAACAGAUGCUUAAGUGACACCGGCAACUGCGAUGGCCAUGGUAUAUGUCAACUGAGUACCUUUGGCCGGAAUGAGCGGUACAUCUGCUUUUGUGCACUUGGAUUCAGGAACAACAACUACGGCGGUUGCUCUCCCUAUACACCCCGCGAGAUCGAGUUCCUGUCCUACGUUGCUCGCGACUUAGAACUUGAGAUGCUGACUCGUGACAGUUUGGGUAGGUGCAAAUCAGAUACCCAUAACUGUGACGAGGCUGGUGAGUGUGUGACGAAAACCUACGGACGAUACGCAGGAGAGUACAUUUGCGUGUGCAAUCACGGCUACCGGAACAACGCCUACGGUGGAUGCUCACCCAUGACAACACGUGAGAUCGAGUACCUCGACAUGCUUGCCCGCGAGGAACAAAUGCAGAUGCUAGUCCGUAAAUACUAUUCCUUGUCCGAGUGCAGCCAAGGAACCAACGACUGCAACGAAAACGGCGAGUGUGUGGAGGAAGACGGAAAGUACUGGUGCGAGUGCGGAGAAGGCUAUGAGGAGAACGAGGAUGGUGGAUGCUCACCCAUAGUAACACGUGCCACUGAAGUCGAUGACGACGAUUUCGCUGAACGUAAAAAGGAAAUCAUGCGACAACUGGCCGAGUUCCUCCAAGAAGAAUAAACCAUAGCGUACUAAGAGAGAUAGCUGUGGCACGAACGCGCCUGAAGCGGUCAAAGGUAUUAUCAUGGUGCGUCGUUCCCCUACGGAGAAUGUGUGAGGCUCCGUGAAAUGACUGGCCAAUCACAAGCAACUUCCAGUUACAUAACUAUCUCUGUUUUGCGAUGCCCGUUUUGGAAUCAAGAGCAUGUAGCUUGCUUAAUUUUCGUUUUUUGCCCUCUUCUUCUUCUUCUCCUCCUCCUUGGAUUACUUCUUUCAUUUUCUUUACCUUAAUGAAACCUUUACAUGAUUGUUAUCAUGAAUUAUGUUCAUCAUAAUGAUUAUAGAGUACCUUUAAUAGCAUUUAUAAAGCACCUUUCUUUCAUUUGAUGUAAACUUAAAAUCUGAAUAUCAAUAUGCGAUAUUACAAGUUGUAGAAAUGAUAGUCUAUUCAAUAUAAUCUUCAACUUUUGAUUAUUCUAGUCUUCCAGUUGCUGGAUUUUAUCAAAUUAAACGACCUAUGAAA